AUGUCCUUAUCCAAAGAACAACUGACGAUCGGGGCCUCAGAGCACCUGCGGAAGCCGAAAUGCACCCGGUGCCGACACCACGGGAUCAUCAUCCCGCAGAAGGGCCACAUCAGGUACUGUCCCUUCCUCAAAUGUGACUGCUGUAAGUGCUACCUCCUCACACAGAGGACUCGACUCACGGCCCUCCAGCGAAGUCUGAAGAAAGCCCCGCACGACCCCCAAAGGAAAGAGCAACGACCCGCCGUCAGCACGGUGACGGUAGCGGCUGAGGGGACUUGUAGCACCGUGGCCCGAGAGGACGACGCGGGUCUGUCGGCCGCAUUUGGAGUGCAGGGUCCCCCGACGAAAGGGGCACCGGGGCGAGCCGCCGCGACCGGGCCGAGUCGUCACGACGUCCACUGUCAAACUUCCGCGGGGAGACAGACGUCGGCCGGGUUGGACGGAGGGAAGGUGGCGCCCUUCGCUUUCAGUGAGGAAGGGCCUGGCACACGGUUUAGUGCCCCUUCCUUUGGUGAACUUGGCCAGGCUGCACCUCUGCCUGUUCUUCACGUCCCGUGGAUGUCAGGUUACCCCAGCGGCUACGGGCCGUGUCCAAACCUCCUGCUCAACAUGCCGUGGUUGCCUCCCGUGCCCACUGGGCUUUACAACAAUGGCCUCCACGGGCCCCUGAUGUUCCCCCACUUCGAGCCAGCUGCUCUGCAUUACCCGCCUCCGCCGGAGCCUGGACCUGCUGCCGAUUGCAGACCGGUCUUCUUCACCCUUCAACCACUCCCGCUCCCAGAGCCCCCCCAGGAGGAGCUGCUGUCCUGGCAGCACUCACCGUCUCCUCCGUGCAAACACACCGAGCCAGACGUGGAGGAGCUGGACUAA